UUGGCGCUAUGUAAAUAAAAUUUAAAUGUAUUGAAACGCUUUUAUUUUGAAAGUCUGGCAAAAGGCCUUCACCUGUCCUGUUGGACUUGACAGUGGCGUUGCCAGGUAGCCAGCUCCAUAGCAACCAGGUCAAGAAGUUGACAGAUUUGUUUAUUUUUGUUAGUUUGAAGCGGAGAUGCUGAGGCGCGUGAAGAUGAGGCGUCUAUCCUGCGCAUUUAGGGUUGGAUGCAAACACAUUUUUUGUGAUUAAAAAUGCCUUCGACGAUGAUCGUGAAGCCCAGAGCAGCGGAGGCGUCGAGGAAAAGCAAACCGGUGAGGCCGACAGCCCGCGGCGGCGCAGACGGCGAGCUUCCAGCCGCCGCGGCGCGUAAAAGCCGCGCGUCAAGCUGUUCCCGCUGCGCGCAGCCGCGAGACAAGAGCCUGAGGGGCCCCACGGCGACCACAGGGGCCCAGGGGGCCAAACCGAGCUGCGACAGGAGAGCGAGGUCCACGUCCGCCGCCCCCAAACCAACAGGAACCAAACCCGCGGAGAGGAGCGCCAGAACCGAGCCGGAGCGCCGGAGGGCCACCAGCUCUGUGAGGGAACCCGAUGCCAACCCGAAACCCCGGGACACCGGCGGGGGUCCGGGUCUGAAGGAGCUGCGCUGCUCCAGGGCUGAGGGGAAGGCUCCGAUCCAGAGUCACAAGGCGUUCACCGUCAUCCCACCAAACCCAAAGAAACGAAGAGAAAUCCAGAAAAAGGCGGAGGCGGAGCUGGCCGCUCUGGAGGAGCUGCGCCUGAGCAGGGCCAUGGCCUACGUGUCCAUCGACCCCAGCAGCGUCGGCGGCUGCAUGAGUCUGCAGGAAGUGCGGCUGAAGCAGCAGCAGGAAAUGAUGCAAGCAAAGAGGAAGCAGAAACAGGUGAGGAAGCAGCUGAUGGAGGAAACACCUGUCCCGGCCAGGUGACCCCGCCUUCUCCUGGUCUCACCUGGCAGCUCAGCUCCUGCUGAACACAACCUUCCUGACACGGCGAAGCCGGAGCUGCUCCACCGUCUCCUUCUAUACGCACAAAUGUUCGUUUUAGUCUUUAAAUGAUUUAUCAGAGCCGCUCUUCCUUCUGGGUUUAAUUAAUUCUUGUGAUAUUCAACAACUCCUGGACGCACAGUUUUCUGUUUAUUUUGGACUAUUUUCUUUCUGACACACAGAAGGUCAGAAUUAAUCAUACAGACUCAAAUAUAUACAUACACCCCACCAGUGUGUAAUUAAAUGUUUUUAAGCCAGCUGCGUCUCAGCCACACACGUUCUGCAUCAUUCUGGCUGCUGAUUGGACCACAGCUGGCAGAACUGAUAGAGUUAAUUUAAACUGGUUGAUUUCCUGACACUGACCUGGAUUCUACUCCUUCACUGGCACUGAAACGUCCCUUAGCAUGAUGCUGCCACCUCCGUGCUUCACACGGCAGCCAAAGAGCUCCAUCCUUCCUGUCUGACCCUAAAAAUUUUCUCUAGAUGUUUGGAUGUUCCACCUCAGCAGCUGUGGAUUUCUGCAGAGCUCCAAGGUGUUGAUUUAGGACAAGGAUCCAAAGAGCCCAGCUAAAUAAAACUCCUUUAGAGCCGCUAAUGUUCCAUGACCUUUGGAAAAAUUACAACAUAUCUUUUUAUUUUAUUUUUUACAAAUAUAUUCUACAGUAAAUUUGUUGCUAUUUUUAAAGAACCAGUUUUAUUUCUAUUUUUAGAUUGCAAAAUAAAGAAAAUCUUUGCAAAAAUAGGUUACUAUAUUCUUUCUGCUAUGGAUGUUUAUCUGUGGAAAGUGGUGAUUAACAAUUAAAAAAAACAACCAAACAACAAUAAAAAUGCUUCAUUGUGGUGUGGAAAUUCAAUGCAAUUGUUCCAUUAAAAAAAGUAAAACUUGUGUUAUUAUAUCUAUAUUAAAAUAACAUAUUUUUAGUCAUCAUAUUUAGCCAAAGUUGCUAAGAGCCAUUGUGGAAGGUCUGAAGGUUGCAGAGCCCUGAUUUAGGAGCAGGUGGUUCUGGUUUGGCGUCUUCUCAGUCCGUCAUGACGUAAAACUUGAAAAUGGGUCAGAAUCUGGUUUUUACGGCAAGAAAAUAACAAUAAGCUAAAACAAAAAAGAAGUUUUCUAAAGAUUGAGUUCUUCCUAUAAUCCAAUUAUGCUCCAAUAAUUCAACAAACUUAAAUGAACUCUACAGAUUCAGCCAGGAAACGGGCUCAGGUAUCAGAAUCUCACUGAAAGAUGAAAACAUGUGAUUUCUCUGCAACCUGCCAGGCAGCGUUGAACCAAAAACCCGACGUGGUUCAUGGAGGAUCAGACAAAACCAUUUAACUUGUGCGCUCAAUUCUUGUUAUUAGUAACAAUUUAAAGUCCACGUUAAAUAAUUGGUCCAAAGGGAUGGGUGAAAUAAAAACAUUAAAAGCCUGUGAUGGUGGGGGUUUAAACUGGAUACAUUAAAUUACGCAUUUUAGCAGUAAAACCCUGUAAUAACUGGUGUGUAUACCAUUCUACAGGUGGCAUAGGUUAUGUUUUGCAAGAAUAUGUCCUCGGUAUUUUGUGUUUGCAUAUAAAUCUAUGUUAUUUAGAGUUAAUAAAGCUCAUCAAAGGUGAAA